UAAACAUUUUCCAAAUCCAAAGUUCAAAAUUCAAAAAUCUUGCGCGUUUUUUGAGCUUUUUCCAGCUUUUUUAUUUUGUCUACAAAACUUUCUAUAUAAUUGAAAAAAUUUGACGAGUUCAUGAACGAUAUAUCAUUAUUGAAAUAAAGACUAGAACAUGUAUUGAAAAAAGUUUUGACCUGAAGAAUCUGUUGUAUUUUGCGUACGCAUCCAAUCAUGAACAGUACUCGAGACACUAAUUAUUUGGAAACCAUGAGUGAAAUAAGUACAAUCCAACCUGCCGAAGCAAUCCAAUACCCGAACGACAACGAAGACGUCGAGCAAAUCUUUGAAAACUUGUACGAUGAAAUGAAAGAAAUAUUGAAGGAAAUACAAUCGGUACUUCGUAAAUCCACCGUUCAACCUUCGUUUAUGACUCUCAAUAAUGAGAAAACAGUCGUUCUGCGUGAACUAGAAGCGUUAUUGGAGAAUAAAACCAGAACUGUCAGCGAAUUGACAAAAGCUAUCAAAAAGUCCAAGGAUUAUGAAUUUCCACGAUAUAAAGGAGACGCUGUACUAAGCAUCCCAGGAAAAUUACUGGAAGAAACAGCUAAUUGUCAAAAACUUCUCGAACGUUUGGAAAAUACCAAUAAUAAAAACGAAAAAUAUAUCGAAUUCUUGUCCAAAAGUAAACAGUUUCUAGAAGAUAUGAACGAUUCUUUAGUAAGCCCGAAUCAAGCUUCGCAAGAGCUAUCUCUGAUAGAAAAUGAAGUGAAUCGAGAAUACAAGGAAUGUAAACAAGAUUUGAAAACCAUACUCGAAACGUUAUACCCAGACGAAGAAAUUAAAGAAGUAAUCGGAGAAAUUAUCCAGAAAUCUUUGAACAGUGAAGACGAAACAGAUCAAUGGUACGAAGUAGAUGAUCUCAAUGUGUUUCCUAUCAUCACUCAUUUAGCUGAACGAGGUAUUCUCACGCGCAAUGCUCUCAAUGAGAAACAAUUUAAAAUGAUCUUGAAUUAAUUUGUUUUUGUGCUUAUUUUAGUUUUGUACGGUAUUAUGUUAAGAAAACUCGUUUUUAUGUAUAAUUAUUUAUAAAGAAUAAAAAUCGUUACGUUCGA